AACGAACUCGCGAUAGAGCAAAGUCUGUCAAAGGGGGAAGAAAAAAAACGUGGCGGAGUUGGGAUGACAGAUGAGAUCGAGGUACCUACAUUACAGCGGUCGUCCAGGCCACUGGGCAGGUACCGCUAGCAGCGCUACAGCCUUAAGUACUGUAGUGUAAGUACAAGCACUGACCCAGGGAGGCGGAGUCCCGCCCUGCACACCAAUCCAGCAAUACCCACCCGACGGACUGUACGUUGACCCCGAGAGUCCUGGCAGACCUGGCUCGGGCAAUUGACGAGAUGGCAUAACCAAUGCGGUGUUGGACAUUGCAGGGGACCCGAGUUCGUGGAUCUAGGCAAGGGCUACCGAGAUGAUCUUAUUUAAUGAUGCCUGGCCCCCCCGGGGCAAUUGCGUUCCAGCUGCCUAUCAAUCAGAUAUCAACACCAUCAUCGCCAUCACCAUCCACAACUCCCUUCGAUUCGACAUAGCACAACCGACCAGCCCGCAAGAGGAUAGCAGGACACCCUAUUGGAUAUCAGGAGACAACUUCGCAUUCCCCAAAUGCUGACAACACCCGAGGGACAGCAGCCGCCUUCCGUGGCGGCGCAAUUAGCCCCAUCUCAAGAGCCAAAUCUGGCCCCGAGCACUACCAGCGUAGUCAGUUACGAGAAGCCGGUAUCAAGUUCCGGCAACUCGAGAAGCUCAAUCGUCAAAGAUGAAUCAUCUGCCGCAGACGACGUUGAAUUGGCCGAUGCUCUAGCAAAGGUCCAGACAGCCCGCACAACGAACGGCAGUGCCUUACACCCCACCGAGACCCGAGAAGAUGGCACAGAAUACCCCUCGGGCACCAAGCUCAUUCUAAUCUCGGUGGCAUUGUGUCUUAGUGUUUUCCUUACUGCACUUGAUAACUCUAUUAUCGCUACUGCCAUCCCGGCGAUCGCCAAGCAGUUCAACAGUCUCGAUGAUGUCGGUUGGUAUGGAAGUGCCUAUCUUCUCACAACUGCCGCUCUCCAGCUAUUGUUCGGAAAGUUCUACACCUUCCUCAGCAUCAAGUGGGUUUACAUGACCGCCAUCUUCAUCUUCGAAGUUGGUAGCUUGAUCUGUGGCGUUGCUCAAAACUCAGUGACCCUCAUUAUUGGCCGAGCCGUUGCCGGCUUGGGGUCCGCCGGCCUGUUCUCCGGGGCCCUUUUGAUUCUCGCCCACAGUGUCCCGCUUGCCACGCGACCUCUAUACACUGGUCUCAUUGGUGGUGUUUAUGGUAUCGCCUCCGUCGCCGGACCUUUGCUCGGCGGUGUCUUCACCGACAAAGUGACCUGGCGUUGGUGUUUCUACAUCAAUCUUCCCAUCGGAGCAGUAACUCUGAUCGUGAUUGGCUUCUUCUUCCCCGAUCCUGUUCAGAGGAAGCCGCCACAGGAGACUUGGCAACAGCGUUUGAUGCGCUUCGAUCCCUUCGGCACCCUGAUUUUCAUCCCCGCUAUCGUCACUCUUCUGCUCGCUCUCCAGUGGGGUGGCGUAACGUACCCCUGGAACAGCGGACGAGUCAUUGCACUUUUCGUCGUGUUCGGCGUGCUCCUCCUCGCCUUUUUAUUCAUCCAAUACCGUCAGCAGGAGAAUGCCACAGUCCCUCCUCGGAUCUUUAAGCAACGCACCGUCAUGGCGGGCAGCUUCUUCGCCUUCACUGUCGGUUCCGCCUUCUUCCUCUUUGUCUACUACAUUCCUAUCUGGUUUCAAGCUGUGCAGGGUGUCUCGGCCGUUAACUCUGGCAUCCGCAACCUGCCUCUGCUUCUCGCCGUAGUGGUUACCUCGAUCAUCUCCGGUGGCUUGAUCACGACCUUCGGCUAUUACACCCCCUUCAUGAUUUUUGGUACAAUCAUUGGGUCCAUCGGCGCUGGUUUACUAACUACCUGGACACCCCAUGUCAGCACUGGUGUUUGGAUAGGAUACCAGAUCCUCUUUGGCAUUGGUAUCGGCGCUGGCCUCCAGCAACCCCUCGUUGCCGUUCAGACCGUUUUAAGUAUUGAGGAUGUGCCCAUCGGCACCUCUGUCAUCGCUUUCAUGCAAACCCUUGGUGGUGCGCUUUUCGUUUCUGUUGGCAACAGCGUCUUUAACAACAAGUUAGUCGAGGAGCUCGGGAAGCACCUGCCGGACGUCGACCCUGUGACCAUUAUCAGCGUCGGUAGCACCAACCUACGCAAGGCACUCCCCGCCGAAAUUGUCCCAGACGUCAUUCUCUCCUACAAUAACGCUCUUACCACCGCCUACAUCGUCGCCACUGCCCUCAUCGCCGUUUCAAUCUUUGGAGCUGCUUUCGUGGAGUGGAAGAGUGUCAAAGGCAAGAAGAUCGAGGCAGGCUUCGCAUAGACAGAAGCUGCCCAUGUUGCCUCACAUACAUUUCGUUCCUUGUAUAAAACUGCGUAAGAUAUUGUAAUCUAGGUCUUUUCUACGGAUGGGAAGAAGGAAAUACGUCUAGAAUUAAGCAUUCAGCGGGUUUAGAUGGUUGUGUUUCCUAUUUCAAGCAUUGCGGGCGGCGUUGGUGGAAUGGCGAUCAUGCUUCGCAUCAGUUGCAGUGCCCGAUAUGACCAGGGCUUCAUUAGAUAGGUAUAAUCAUAGAGAGGGGAUAUAGUAUCCUCCUGAUAUUAAUAUGAAAAGUCACCACUUGUCAACAACCAUCUGCCUACCUCGUUG